AUGAGCAUGAAUAAAAUACCUGACUUGAUGGAUAAACGAAAAUCGAUUGAUGAUGAUUUCGAGGAUGAAAUUAUGGAUCUGGAUUAUGAUUCAUUAAAACAUAUAUUCAUGUGUCUUACGGUACCUGAAAGGAUAGUCAUGGAAAACGUUUUGCCAAAAUGGAAACAGGCGUCUCGACGAUCAGGGUACAGUGUCAAAGAACACAAAUGUGAUGUGUCAAUUGAUGAUGAUUUUAAAAACCGUCUAUUGACACUAUCUUUUAACUUAAAUAAAUACAAAAAUCUUCAAAGUUUAACAAUACGUUCCUGCAAUCUGGAUGAUAUUAUUCAAGAUAUAUCAAAAAAAUCAACACUUGUUUAUCUCGAUAUUAGAGGAUCUUGGGCAUUGGAAAAAUCAUGGAUAUUCAAUGACUUAGUGAAUUUAGAACAUAUUGACUUGUUAGACUGUUGUAUGAUUGCAGAACAAAGCAUUUCAAAUGUAUUUUCACGUAUUGUAGAUACAUGCAAAAAUCUAAAACACGUUGAACUGCUUGCAUGCAUAAAUAACCCGAAUGAUUUACAACAUAUACCAGAACCUGCAAUUACACCUGAAAACUGCUUGACAAUUACAGCUAAAUCUGAAGCGGCAGCUAUAAUAAAAUUAACAGAAUUAGAGAAUCUUGAAUGUUUAAAAUUGUAUAAGCAGAAACUCACGAAAGAAUCAAUAAUUGCAAUUUCAAACAAUUGUAAAAAACUCAAAUAUUUGAAGAUUCCAUAUUGUAAAGUAACAUCUACUGAUCGUCAUGAGCGUCUUUCUUGUCCAUUUUUUCUUGAUGAUUUAUCAAAACUGCAGUAUCUUGAAUAUUUAGAUUUGUCAUGUAUUCGAAAACUUCAAGAUAGUACUAUUAUUCUAAUUGCUGAUAAAUGUAAAAACUUGAAAUAUUUAAAAAUAAAAGGGCGAAACGAACUUACUGAAAAUGCUUUUGAUGCUUUAACAAGCUUGAAAAAUUUGCAAAAAUUAGCGAUAGACGACAAUAUGGCUGUCACAAACAAUUUUGUUAAAAAAUUAAAAGGAUUAAGAUUUUUAAAUCUUCGUAAUUGCAUUAACCUCACGGAUGCUAGUAUCAUUCAGGUCAUCGAAAAUUGUCCAGAUCUCGAACGACUUACUCUCUCUUUCAUUGAUAAUAUUACACUUGAUACGAUUAUUGCUGCUGAUUUGGCAACAAAAAAUCGUAUAAAUGAUAUUGUUUUGCAUAUACGGAUCGAUGAUCAGACGCUUUAUGAAACUGCUAACUCUAAAAUUGAAUCUCAAUGGUUGUUAGUUGAGUAUUCACACACAUUAUGA